GAUUCAAUUUCACCUCUUUUUCUCAACGCCCUGGAUCCCCCGCCGUGCAUUUGUGCAACUCGACUUGCAUUCCCGACUUUCCCUCCCUGGAAUCUUACUUUCUUACUCCUCUGGCACAGCUCACAGACAGUGUCCACUCUUUUCUUGCAAGUCCGACUGUCGCAAAAACCAUACCACCCUCAUUACAUCACCGCCAACCCUCGCACGUGAGUGAGGUAGCAUAGUCUGCGCCGAUACAAACCUGCGACGGCGUCCACUGCCGCAUACCAACACCCUCCGAAAAGCCCCUGGCUGGGCCGAGUCCACCGAUAGAACACGCGACCACGACCGAGACCACCUCUCCUCCGCCGCAAACGACAUGGCCUCCUCUACGAAGUAUCUCCGCUUCAUCCUCCUCGCCAUCGUCUGCCUCAUCCUCAUCGUAUUAUUCUCCUCCUCGAGCUCCAGCAUACCCGGUGGCCACCACAUCCAAUCAGCCGCAGACAUCCUAAGAGCGCAAGGGAUAUGGAAGGGAACAGGUGACAGGGUGGCCUCAUCGAAUACCUUCACUCAAGAUGUGACCGACAAGGAGAAGAUCGCUAUACCACAACACAAUUUGCCUGCGUUCGAGGAUACUACAUCUCCCAAUCCAGGUGCAGGAAAGCAGCUACCAGUCGCCGCUGCGCCAGGCGAACGCUUGAAUGCGACAUUCGUCACGUUGGCGAGAAACUCGGACGUAUGGGAAAUUUCACGAAGCAUUCGUCAGGUCGAGGACCGCUUCAACAAGGCAUACAACUACGACUGGGUAUUUUUGAAUGACGCGGAGUUUGACGACCAGUUCAAGAAGGUCACCACAGCGUUGACAUCUGGCAAAGCAAGAUAUGGAAAAAUUGACGAGAAGCACUGGAGUUUCCCAGCCUUCAUUGAUCAGGACAAGGCGAAGCGAGUGCGCGAGGACAUGCACGAACGCAAGAUCAUCUACGGAGACAGCAUCAGCUACCGUCACAUGUGUCGGUAUGAGUCUGGGUUCUUCUUCCAGCACCCUCUCAUGCUCGAGUAUGAGUGGUACUGGCGAGUGGAGCCCUCCAUCGAGCUCUACUGCGACAUUUCCUACGACCCCUUCAAGUUCAUGGCCGACAACAAGAAGAAGUACUCCUUCGUGCUGUCCCUCUACGAAUACGUGGAGACCAUUCCCACUCUCUGGGACUCGGUCAAGAAGUUCAUGACGAAGCACCCCGAACACAUCACCGAGGGAAAUGCCAUGGCCUGGCUCUCGCCCGACGGCGGCGAGACCUACAACCACUGCCAUUUCUGGUCCAACUUCGAAAUCGGCAACCUGAACUGGCUGCGGAGCAAGGCGUACACGGACUACUUCAACUUCCUCGACACCGAAGGCGGCUUCUUCUACGAGCGCUGGGGCGACGCGCCCGUCCACUCCAUCGCCGCCGCACUCAUGCUCAAAAAGGAAGAAAUCCACUUCUUCAACGACAUCGCCUAUUACCACGUGCCCUUCACCCACUGUCCGACCGGCGAGCAAAUCCGCAUCGACAACAAAUGCCACUGCAACCCCAAAGACAACUUCGACUGGAACGGCUACUCUUGCACGGCCAAAUGGUACGACGUCAUGAACAUGCCCAAACCCGCCGGCUACGAAAAAGAGCAAUGACUCGCUGGGAGGUACAAAGAAAUCGCGCACGAAUGGCGCUGGCCGCUGACAUCGACUUCCCUCAUCCUCAUCUUCCUCCUCUUGUUCCUCCUCUACCGUCCGUUCUUCGCCCUGUGUCGUUGGGUGGUGAGGACACUGAACGAGGCGAGAGCGCCGACGGUGAUUGAGAGGAGACCGAUUGAUCUGCAGGCUUUGCGACGGGAUUGAAUUGACGCGAUAUCGUUUUUCAGAGUGAUCCGGAUGAGAUGAUGGAAAAGGAACAGUCUCUUU